GCCUUCCACCAAUCUCGACCCUUGCCGCGUUCCGUUCGUGCGUGGAGCAGUCGGGACUGGAGGCUAGGCCGCCGGGCGGGCAGGGGCUGUGGCGCGGCAAGCGGCUGGCCAGCGACGGCGCGAAUGGCGGACUCACAGCUGUUCUGCGUGGCGGAGGAACGCAGCGGCCACUGCGCCGUGGUGGACGGAAACUUCCUCUACGUGUGGGGGGGCUACGUGUCUAUUGAAGACAAUGAAGUAUAUUUGCCUAAUGAUGAAAUUUGGACCUAUGAUAUUGAUAGUGGGUUGUGGAGAAUGCACCUCAUGGAAGGAGAACUCCCAGCCUCCAUGUCAGGAAGCUGUGGUGCUUGCAUUAAUGGAAAGCUGUACAUUUUUGGAGGAUAUGAUGACAAAGGAUACAGCAAUCGACUUUAUUUUGUUAAUUUACGAACACGAGAUGGAACCUACAUUUGGGAAAAAAUCACCAACUUUGAAGGACAACCACCCACACCACGUGAUAAACUUUCCUGCUGGGUAUAUAAAGACAGACUAAUAUAUUUUGGUGGUUAUGGGUGUAGGAGACACAGUGAACUCCAAGACUGUUUUGAUGUUCAUGAUGCAUCUUGGGAAGAGCAGAUAUUCUGGGGAUGGCAUAAUGAUGUCCAUAUAUUUGACACAAAGACACAGACUUGGUUUCAACCAGAAAUUAAAGGUGGAGUUCCACCACAGCCACGAGCCGCGCAUACAUGUGCAGUUCUUGGAAAUAAGGGUUAUAUCUUUGGCGGACGUGUUUUGCAAACUAGGAUGAAUGAUUUGCACUAUCUAAACCUAGACAACUGGACUUGGUCUGGAAGGUUACAGUGUUUCACUCUGUUUAUAAUUUUCAAUCACAGGUUAUGGCACACAGCCUGUUUGGGAAAAGAAAAUGAAAUAAUGGUAUUUGGUGGGAGCAAAGAUGACUUACUUGCCUUGGAUACAGGUCACUGUAAUGAUUUAUUGAUCUUUCAAAUACAGCCUUAUUCGCUACUCAGGUCAUGCCUUGACUGCAUUGGUAAAAAUUCUAUCAUGUUAGAAAGUCAGAUAUCUUUAUUACCUCCUAAACUUCUGCAACAAGUACUCAAAAAAAUAACAUUUUGGGCUGCAGCUAAUCACCGAGAAGAACAAAGAGUCCAAAAAGAAGAAACAGAAAAGAAGUAUCAGUGGAUCAGUAGCAAUUAAAUUGUUAUAUACUCUACUAUUUAGUAUGUCUUAACAUUUUAAUCAGACUGUACAUUUACACUCCUAAAUUGCAGGCUCUAUUUAAAGGAUAAAAUUUGGAAUACAAAUACUCUGUUAAGUGACUAUAUGCCAUGGGAUAUAUGAAAAAAAGAUGUUAAUGCAGAUUAAUUUAUAUUUGUAAACAAAUUUCCUUACAAGCUACAGAACAAUUAUUCUUUCUGAAAGUAAGUAUAGUUAUAACAGAUUUUAACUCAAAUAUGUAUUCUUUACUGGAAAGAUUACAUACAUUUGAGAAUAAGAAAUUACUCAAAAACUUCAGAAAUCCCCAACGUAAUUUCAUAAAUAUAUAAAUACAUGUAUGUAUGCAAAAACACUACAUAUACACUUUCAGAAAGAAUAAACUUUCUCAAGUCAUUUUAAAGUAACCUAAGGUUCUCCUUGAAUAACUAAUACAGUGGGCCAAAUAUUAUAAAAUAGGCAAACACCAGAAUGGUAUUAAGUAUUGAACUCCUGCCCUUUUUGACACUUACCUAGUAAAGUAUUCUUAGGCAUCAUCAUAACUUUUCCUCACCUUUAUUCGAAUAGAGGAAUAAAUGUCUUCAAUUGUCUCUCCAUUACCCCUAAGUUAUUAGUUUGUCUAGUUUAUAUAUAAAGACCAUGCUUUAAAGUACAUAAAGUGGAGGUUUAUUUAUCAUACAGGCUUUGAAACAUUGAGAAGCAGUAUUUUUAUUAACUUUUUGAGACAUAUUAAAAUACAUUUUGCCUUAGAAGACUGCUUCUAAAGUAAUUUUUGUAAGUAAUGAGAUGGGAUGGUAAUCUAGUAAUUUGACUUUAUAGAAACCCCUCAGUUUGGCCCAUACCAUUCCACAGAGUUGUGCUCAAGACAGAUACUGAAAAAAUCUCAUACCUUCCAUUUUAUUUUCAGCAUUACCGUCCCUACAGAAAUAGAACACUGUAUCUUUAUAUUCCUAAAAAUGGUACUUUUGGCAUAAUUAAGAAAUUUUUCUUCAUAUUAUCACAAUCAUGCCCUUCCAUUGAAUUACUAAUUACAAUUAAUUACUAAAAAGCUUGGUAUAUGAAAUUAUUCUCCACAAUAUUACCAUGCAAGUUAUCUCUGAAAUUUAAAAUGUUAAAGAAAAAUAUUUCUAUAUUGAAAUAUAUAUAAUUUAUAAAUGAAGAUUAUAGUAGUUUGUAGUAUUUCAUUGAAUUUUAGAGAGAUAUUUCAUAUAUAUUUACUGUAUUUUGGAUGUGUAAAGCUUCUAUUUAUGUAUUGAAAUUUUUUUUACAUUUUAUUUAUUGUACAAAGUAUAUGUGAUUACUGUCUUCGUUUUUGUCAGUGUAAAGCAGUCAUUAGAAUUGAUUGUACAAAAAAUA